ACUCUCUAUAAAAAAGUAUAUAAAAACCCGAGAUAAGAUUUUCCUCCAAUCCAAUAAAAAAAAUCGAGUUUUAUUUCGGUUAGAAUAAUAAUGGCUUAAACAAAUAAACUUCAAAAAAAGUCCUCCAAUUAUUGGAAAGGAAAAGACCCAGAUGGGUGAAUCAACAGUAAACACGCAUUUUCUUUUUCUCUGUUCCUUGUUUCAAAAGUAGAAAUAAACUAAGCCUUACUUCCAAGUAUUCUCCAAGACUUACGACUUAGUAUCCACUAUCCAGUUACGGCUAAGUUAAGCAACCCUAUAAUUAAGUCUUCAAAGCAAGUAUCUUUCCCUUUCUUCGACUCUAUUCUUCCACAUAUACCCCAAAUCCUACAUUCUUCUCUUUAUUAAAAAUCAGUAAUGAUGGGCACUUUAACUGCCUCUAUGUUGAUCCCAUCAAAGCUUAAUAAACCUUCAAUUCAUGAUCAUAAUCUCUCUCUAAUUCCUUCUAGAAGCAGCAGAUACCCUUUCAAGAGAACCCAACCUGUGAUGAGAUUGUUUGGGCCAGCAAUAUUUGAAGCAUCAAAAUUGAAGGUAUUGUUUUUGGGAUUGGAUAAUGAAGAAAAACACCCACCAAAGUUACCAAGAACUUAUACUCUUACGCAUAGUGAUAUCACCGCCAAGCUCACUUUGGCCGUCUCUCAAACUAUAAACAACUCUCAGUUACAAGGAUGGGCAAACAAAUUUUACAGAGAUGAGGUAGUAGCAGAGUGGAAGAAAGUGAAAGGAAAGAUGUCAUUGCAUGUACAUUGUCAUAUAUGUGGUGGUCAUUUCUUCUUAGAGUUGUGCGCUCCUCUGCGUUACUACAUCUUUUACAAGGAACUCCCUGUGGUACUGAAUGCAUUUGUACAUGGAGACGAAAAACUGUUCAACAACUACCCAGAACUACAAGAAGCUUCAGUAUGGGUGUAUUUUCAUUCAAGUAUUCCAAAAUUCAACAAAGUAGAGUGUUGGGGCCCACUUAAAGAAGCAAUGGACCCUACAUCGAAAACUAAGAUGAUGACGAUGAAAAAUCAGCAACAGGAAAUUCAAGACGUAAAUGAUCAAGAACGAGAACGAGAACGAGAAGAAAACGAAGAAAAAAAAAAUUGUAAAAUAAAAUGGGAAAUGAUAGAGCCUUGCACGGAACCAUGUAGAUGUUGUUAUCCACCUACUAGUUUGAUUCCGUGGACUCCUUCACACUCAAUAACUGAUGCAGAUAACCAAAUUCUUAAGCUUCCUGGUAGUGAUUUGUCAAUUCCUUCAUCUGGGUCCCGCUAAAUAUACUCCUAUUUCAUUAAUCUUCAUUUAAUUUGUAUAUAUAUAUAUAUAUAUAUGGUAAUUUUAUAAUUAAUUAGUAGUAAUUAGUAAUUAGUAUUUAGUACCAAGAAUUUGGUGGGUUGAUCAAGCUUACUUCAUUAUAUGUCCUUUUGAUUUUGCUGCACAAUUCGGAAAAAGUUCUGUCGAAAGGGAAGUAUAUGUUUGUGUUAAUAUCAAACAUACCCUUGAUUAAGGGGUUAAUGUUUUAGGGAUUAUGGAUUUCAUUUCUUUCUUUAGUGUGCAUAUAUUUAAUUUUUCAUAAGAAAUUUAGGAAGUGAUCAUAUGCAAUCAUAUAGGAUUUUAAUUUCAUCAAGUUUGAAUAUGUAUGUAGUUUUCUGCUGUCAAGUUUGAUUGAUGUGAAAUCCAAUUUGAUAGUUAAGGGUGUUGAUUAUCCAAUGCAAUCAGGGGCGGAUUCUGGGCUCAAACUUCUUAGGUGCAUAUAUCAUCAAAUUUCUUAUUAUUUAUUCGUACUAACCCAAAUCUUAUUAUACAAAAAUUUGACGAGAUUGUCGCAAGUUAAGACGAAGUGUAGGCUGGCCUAUUUUAC